AGGUAAUUGAAACCAACCCAAAGCUCCUUUUUCCAUUACCAUAGAGGUAGAUCUGAUUAUUACUGACUUAAGCAUCAGAGUGUUUACCCUGAGGACCCACCUCGGGGCUUUGCAGGUUCAUCCGAAGUGAAGACGUAGACUAAAGAAGAAUCUCUAGUUUGGUGCAAUUACAUUGGCGUCGUCUGUGGGAAUCAAACUAAAAGCUCUUUUGUUGCUUCCUCAUCAUGGUCAACACUCGAUCUGUUCGAGCUAGAAAUCAGGCUCAACCUCUUGGACAAGGUCAAGCCCACAACUCAACUUCCACUGCUAAUCACGGAGAUGUAGUUACAGCUCAGCUUGCUGCUAUGCAACAGCAGUUCAGUGUUUUUCAAUUAGUUUUGGCUCAGCUCCUAGCUCCAAAUAAUCCUGGCAAUCCCUUCAUCAACAUACUCAACCCUACCCAACAACCCCAUGUUCCACAGCAAAACCCUCAACCAAUUCAGCAUGCUCCUUUUCUUAGUGAGUCUCAAGCCGAGCAACGAGGUGCCCCACCUCCACACCAUAACACUGAUUACAUACCCCAUCCUUUGAACACUAAUAUUACAUUGAAACCUUAUCCUAUUGGUUUUAAAAUACCUCAACUCGAGACAUAUGAUGGAAUGAAGGAUCCAGAUGAUCACCUCCAUGCUUUCUACUCUUAUAUGCAAGCUCAGAACACCUCUGACGCGUUAAUGUGCAAAAUCUUUCCCUCCACUCUCCGUGGUAAUGCUCGGACCUGGUAUUAUAGUUUGCCCCAAAGAUCUAUCAGCUCCUGUACAGAAAUGGCAGCUGCUUUUGCCACAAAGUUUUCCAAUAGAAGGUUGAUUCAGAAAACCACUUCUGAACUGAUGCGAGUUAAACAGAGGGACGGAGAAUCUCUGAAGAAUUACAUGAGCAGGUUCAAUGAUGCAGUUCUUGAAGUCAGCUCAUUCAACCAAGCCGUGGGAAUUGCGACUGUAAUUCAAGGGCUCCAACACGAGAGAUUCAGAGACAGCUUCAUUAAGCAUCUUGCUGCCACUUUUAAUGAGAAUCAACCUAUCACUUUCACAUCUAUUGAUUUUGAUAUAGUUGUCACACCUCACAAUGAUCCUCUGGUCACUUCCGUCAUGAUUAACAACUGUGAGGUACAACGUGUCUUUGUUGACAUAAGGAGUGCACCAGACAUUAUGUACUUUCACUAUUUUGAGAGUCUCGGGCUGGAUCCGGCUUUGUUGCAGAGGUACGAUGGUCCCGUAUAUGGAUUCAAUAACCAACCUAUUCAGGUAGAAGGAGUCUUUACUCUUAACGUUGCUUUUGGGAGUGACCGAACUUACGUUACCCCUUCAAUUUGGUUUCUAGUUGUCAAAAUGGCAUCCUCUUUCAAUGUUGUUAUCGAACGACCCACUUUAACCGAGAUCCGAGCUGUGGUCUCUCAAUCUCACCUCUGCAUGAAGUUCCCAACUCCUAUGGGGAUAGCAACACUACAAGUGAUGGGAGUUGAGAUAGUAGACAACCGACCUGAAGAUGAAACUCGAGUUACCCCAGUUGAGAAUAUAGAGGAAGUGCAAAUGGAUGACAGAGAUCAAAGCAAAAAGACACAAAUUGGAACUCGAUUGAACCCAAAGGAAAGAACAAACCUAAUAGCUUUCCUCCAAGCUAACAAAGAUGUCUUCGCUUGGACCUCAGCCGACAUGCCGGGGAUUCCAACCUCGGUUAUAAAAGAAGAAGUAGAAAAACUCCUGCAAGCUGGUUUCGUCAGAAUAGUUGAUUACUGUGAAUGGGUGGCUAACCUGGUGUUGGUCAAGAAGGCGAAUGUGCCGAUGGCUCCGAAAGAUGAAGAGAAAACCUUGUUCUAUGCAGGUGAUGAAAGUUACUGUUAUGUCAUGAUGCCUUUUGGCUUAAAGAACGUUAACCUAGAAAAGAUCAAAGCAAUCGCUGAGAUGGAACCGCCGAAGUUGGUGAAAGAUAUACAAAGAUUAACUGGAAGGGUGACAACUCUUCAUAGAUUCAUAUCGAAGUUAGCAGAUAAGUGCCUAUCAUCCUUCAAGAUCAUGAGGUUAGCAGUCCAAAAGGAUGAAUCUGGCAAACAGAAGAAGUUUGAAUGGAACCAAAGAUGCCAAGCUGCAUUCGAUGAGCUGAAGUCUUAUCUUAGCUCACCACCUCUACUGACUAAGAGGUUUGCGAUCCAAGCCCAAGCACUGGUAGAUUUCAUCAUGGAAUGCACCCCAUGUCACCCAAACCCUAACCCCGAGCCGAGCGACUGGACCUUAUAUGUUGAUGGAGCAUCUAAUAACAAAGGAUCAAGAGUUGGUGCUUUCUUAAUUGGCCCAGAUGAAUAUCAAAGUGAGCAUGCUUUGAAAUUUAACUUUGAUGCAACUAAUAACAUGGCUGAGUAUGAAGCUCUGCUACUUGGUUUACAACUAGCAUUGGAGCUGAAAGUCAUGGCAAUACAAGUUUACACCCUGGUGGCUGAGCUGAAAUGCAAGUUCCAGAAGUUUUGUUUGAGCAAAAUUCCAAGAAGUGAGAAUGAACAGGCAGAUUCGCUUUCCAAGUUUGCCUCUAAUAGCUCCUUAAGCUCCAGAUCAGUUUUCGUUGAAGUUCUAGAUGAACCAAGCUUCAUAAAGCCAAGAAUGAUGGAGAUCAGCAUAGACCCGGAUACACCGAGCUGGACAAAUCCAAUUGUCUCCUUUUUACAAGACAGAUCUUUCUCACUCCCUCUUCUACGAUGCUUGAAUCAUUAUGAAGCCGAGUACGCACUUCGGGAGGUGCACGAAGGUGUAUGUGGAAGCCACAUUGGUGCUAGAACCUUGGCUCACAAAGUCCUUAGGCAAGGAUAUUACUAACCGAAUAUGUAUACAUAUGCUACUCACUUUGUUCAAAGAUGCCCGAAGUGCCAAUUCUU